UGCAGCUUUGCUGAAAAUACUACAGAAUAGGUCUUCUGUCUUCAAUAAUGAUAUACAGCCUAUGCAGGUGGGGAUACAUUUUGAGCAACCAAUGGCAUAAUUAGUCUAAAUGUGUGACGUGAGCUGUUAUCGUGUUGUGCUCGAGGUCUGCACCUGUUCACUAGGACACUGAAGCCCCCGGUGAGUGUUCCGUAUGCGUGUGGAAACAUCACUUUGUUUUGACAUUUUAAACCCCUUUACUUGAAUUAAUUACAUGGCGCGUUAUUUCUACCGAAUAUUUACAGUGAAGGCUGGUUUAGCAGUUACUAGGAGUUAUGCCAUCUAGACCCGUGAACGGCUGUUGUUCAGACCAGUGAUAUUCGGUGAAGAAGGCAAGAAGCUGUAGCCAAGUCAUAGUGUGCAGUUCCAACUGCGAUGUUCGGCCAGUCACCUCACGUUCUUGGAGGCAUCUUGUGGAUUCAGAAUCCAAUGAGAGCUGUCCACUGCAACCUGAGCCAGAAUGGGAUCGACCACCAGAUGAUGUGCCCGGACGACGUGACCUCACACCUGGAGGAGCAGCCCCUGGACCAAGGCGCCGUGCUGGACGACGACAGCCCCACCUAUCAGGACGUGCGCCCCGGGUACCAGCGCCACUCACUGCCCCAGCGCUCCGUCUCCGAGUCAGAACUCUCACGGCCGGGGAAUGUAAAGCUGUCCAAGCCAGUGGUCCUGUGGACCCAGCAGGACGUGUGCAAGUGGCUGAAGAAGCACUGCCCCAAGCAGCACCAGAUCUACAGUGACUCCUUCAGGCAGCAUGACAUCACAGGGCGGGCUCUGAUGAGAUUGACAGACAGGAAGCUGGAGCGAAUGGGCAUCAUGCAGGAGGGCCAACGGCAGUACAUCCUCCAGCAGGUCCUGCAGCUCCGCGUCAGAGAAGAAGUCCGCACCCUGCAACUACUCACGCAAGCCUCUCUGGAGGGAUCUCCGUAGCCCAGGUGUUCUUGGAAACCAGCUGCCAACAGGACCCGGUCUCCCUCCGAUCCUGGGCUUCCUACAUCUGACCCUUGACCUCCUCCCACCACCAAUCAAAGCCAUCCUAACCCCAACCUCAUACCUAACUCCAAUCUGAAUCCUAACCUUGAUUUUAACCCCAUGCUUAAUUUCAAACAUUCAAACAAGACAAGUCAUUGGCCUGUCCAGUGACUUAUCACAGACAGACAAUCAUUUUCUUGCCUUUAACCAAGAGUUUCCACUACAUUUGUCCCUAUCCCAUCCCAACUCUCUUACCCCUUCUGAAUUACCACCAGGGCUCUAUUCUGAGAACAAGCAUCAAAAAUGUAUCCAUCCUCAACUGAUGAUCCCACGACAAGGACUGUGGAGAACAAUGAGAAAACAAACACGUCAAAGAUGGCGUCCACUUCCAACAACCUUCUCACUGUAUAGUAAAUCCUCCAGUGUAGAACAGACCUUAAGUGUGAAUAGUACCCCCACGAUACACCACCGAGCAGGUGUGUAUAACAUUCUAGUGACUUCUAAUGGUGACUUUAGAGACAUUGGGUACACCAGCCUUCCUCUCUCUCUGUCCUCACUGACUAAAUCGCCAGAGCAGUGAGAGGGCGCUACAUUUUGCAUUCCUUUCCCCUCUCUGUCCCUCCUUUUUCUGACUGUUGUCUGCAUUGAUUCUGUGCCCUGUCAGAGUUUGGGCUUGCCUGGUGAAAAUGACAUCUGUUGUCCCGUCUGUCUUUUCCUCGCACCUUUCCCCUCCUUCACUUGGUGGGUCGCUUUCUCAGUGCGGUCUUCAAGCCUUCACUGUGAAUACGUCCAGGUGUGGCAUGAAGGGGGAGAACCUGGCAAACCAAAAGGUACUAAAUGUGAUGGUGAAAAGACCCUGGCAAACCAUUAGGGAGGAAAUGUGAUCGUGAAAAGACCUGGCAACAUUAAAUGGAACACGGUAUGGUAUUGCGAGGACCUGGCUAAAGUGCUUUUGAGCCAGGGGAAAUGAAAUGACGGAGAACCUACAUGGAACAAUUGGUUGGUUGAGGAUAUGGUUGAGGGAGAGAACGAGGCAAGUUCUUCUCUACUGAUGAUGAUGAAGAAGAAAAAGAUUCUCUCACAUAUCUCACUGCUUGAGACUAUUUUUAGAUGAGGUAUAUUGAAAAUAGUGUAGAAAGGAAAAUGUACCGUGGGCAAAACAAAUCAUCCAAUGUCUGUCAAGCCUCAGAGAGAGACGUGGUAUGUACCUCUCGGGUACUGUUUUUAUGAGAAACUAACUCUUUGCUGUGACUGUUCAUGUGAAAUGGCCAUUCACUGGUGAUAUAAAGGCAUUUUACCGGUCAUGCCAACAAACCUGUUGCUUGGGCCAUCGUGACCUAUAUGUGUGUUUUCACACUUUGUAGCCAGUAAUAAACUUUAACUAAAGCCAGUAUGCUGGAGUGAUUCCUAUUACCCAUGUAUCACUACCAGUGUAGCAUGACCUAUUGUUACCAUCACAACAACCUCCUCCCUGUGAAUAUGAAUAAAUGCGGAUCGAAAAAAAUUGAAAUGGCCACCAAGAAACCAAAGGGGGAGAAUUCCAGCCCUGGAGAGCCUUUGAUUUAGAGGAAUUUAAUUGCAACAUUGGGUCUUGUGUGUUACGAGCGUCCAUUGUUUGGUUUGGAGCUUGCCUUAUGCUCUCUAGUGGUUGGUUGGCCCAGUAGUAGCAGAUUAGUAUUGAUUAAACCUUCAGGACUGCGUUACCCUCCAGGCCUGGAAUAGCCCAAUCCCUGACAUUGGAGAGGUAAGGAAUGCUGAUACUUGGUCACAUGGGAUGAAGUUGUCCAUAUCAAAAUACAAGUGGCUAUUUCAUGCUUCGGUGGAGCUCUGGUGUCAGUGUCUCUCUUGGACUGUGUGGGCUGCCUGCCCUGCCUGGCUGCUUCCAGUCUGGAAGGCUGGCGCUCUGAUUUCACAUCAUCUGGAUGUCAAUAGCCAAACUGGGAGGAGCGGUCUACAGAGUUAACACAAGGAAGUGUUUUGUUGAGGACAGUAUUGAAUUCAGUGUUUGGGUAAGGGAAAAAGCCUCCUGCAACUGUAACAUGUCAGGAUGGAGGGGUGUUUUGGGGAAGGGAAGUAUGAUUACUUUGUGUGCCGUAGCCAACCAUGUGACUUUCAAGGCAUUUCGAACCUGGGUCGUGCUCAUUAGGGAAUACCAUAACAAAACGUUUUGCAACAGAAAACAAAAGCGAUCGUUUCUUAUUGGACAAGUCCAGGUAGUCCCUCCCUGUUUUCUCCUGUUUGGUUCCUAAUGAACACGACUCUGCCAGCUCUGCCAAGGUGCCCGAGGACUUGCCUGAACUGGCUCUUUCCACAAUCUCCUGAUUUAUUUUUUUAGGCAUUUGGAAUUUUUUCAUUGGCGCUUUGCUAGUACACUGUUACACAAAAUAAACCUUAUACUGAGCCUCACUUUCUUAUUGCACAAGAAAAACAUGCAAGCAAAUAGAAGCAGACAUACAAGGAAUUGUGUCACUACACAUAGUCAGACAUUACAUUCACAGGUGUAUAUGCAUCCAUCACAUUCUCCAUGAGUCAUUCAGUAUCGCGGUAGUAUCCACAUAGUGUAGAAGUGUUCUUAUUUACAUUUUUAUUCAACUUGUCAAGUCAGUUAAGAACAAUGACGGCCUACACCGGCCAAACCCGGGCGCCGCUGGGCCAAUUGUGCGCCGCCCUUUGGGACUCCCAAUCACGGCCGGUCGUGAUACAGCCUGGAUUCGAACCAGGGUGUCUGACGCCUCAAGCACUGACAUGCAGUGCCUUAGACCGCUGCGCCACUCAGGAGCCAAUAAAAGUGACUGAAAUAAUGACGUAAUACAUUAUUUACCAUUUAUUUCUAUCGGGCCAAAAAUGAUCUGAAGCGCAACUACAACAAACAGUAAAUGCAUCCAACAAGUUUUUAGUCACAAGCUUGACGUAGUUAUUGUGUGCUAGAAAUAUGGGACCAAAUACGAAACAUUUUAAGUGAAUUUGUCCCAAUACCUUAGUCCCCCCAUUUUAGGGGACCAAUGAACAAAAAGUGGUGUAAUUUCUAAAUAGUUCACCUGGAUGAAAAUACUCUCAAAUUAAAGCUGACUGCACUUUAAUCAUUUAAAUCCAAAGUGCUGGAAUACGGAGCCAUGAAAACAACAAAAUUGUCACUGUCCCAAUACUUUUGGUGCUCACUGUAUUUGGAAAGAUCUAGACAAUGGGGACUGUCUAAUUUUAUUUAUUUUGUUGUGUGGUUUUUUUGCAAUAUUGCAGAGAAUGAAGUUGGGUUACUUCUAAGUAACUUUGGGUUGCUUAGAUUUAGAUUUUGUUUCGGUGUGAAUUGAGACCGAUACGUUCAUAUCAGUUGUGUUACUCCCAUGUAUUCACCAUUCUUUAUUUCUAUUGUGGAUAGUUUCUGUGAACCAAUGGAAAGGCUUACAAAACAAUGAGCAAACCAGAUUUUGUAUUGAAAUACAUGGACUUGGAUUGUGAUGAUACCGAUGAAUGAAUCCUGCACACGAUGUUCUUUAUUUUAUAUUUUUAUCAGGAAUAAUGUUUGACUUGACGUGUAUGAAAUUGUUUGAUCAAAUAUGCAUAAAAGGGUAGUAGUUCUGCACCUUUGUAUAGUUUUUCUUCCAAUAUUGAUCAUGAUUUAGUAUCUGCAAAGAAAAUGUAUUGAUCUAAUGGGAUUUUUAAGACUGUUUUGUCUGCUUGGACUCGAAAGAUAAAUAUGGUUGCAGGCAGUGGUGUUAUUUUCAUGAAUCUAUUUGCAAUUUUGACGGUAGACUAUAAUAUCGUUUUUUUUAUGUAUUUGUUUUGCGAAGGCAACUACAUUACAUUUUGAAAACGCAUUUACUGUUUUGCAAAAGGCCACAUAGUUCUGCCUUGUGGAACACUGUUUUGAAAAUCGACAACAUUGUGCAAAAAAAUUGCUCGUACGCAAUUGAGAAACUGUAAUGUAUGAUUUUUCUUCCAUAUUUACAGAAUGUUUUAAUUACUUGCUGGUGUUUUCCGUAUCAGACAGGCAUGCAGACCAAGUCUUCAGCCCCCUUCCCCUCCAUCUACAUAUAGGGUGCAUAAUCUUAGAUAUCAAUGAAAUGUUGGCAACACUUCACAUAUGUCAUAACAGCUGACAUUACAUGUCAUAACCUGUUUAUAAUAUGGUCAUGACACUUUAUAUUUAGACCUGUGGAGACAUUAUUUUAUGGCUGUUGUGACCCCUACAUAAGAGUCACAGGAGGCUGGUGAGGGGAGGAUGGCUCAUAAUAACGUCUGGAACAGAGUGAAAGGCAUCAAACACACAGAAACCAUUUGAUACCAUUCCACCAGUCCCGCUCCAGCUAUUACCAUGAGCCUGUCCUCCCCAAUUAAGUCUCCACCAACCUCCUGUGAUAAGAGUGUCAAAACUUACCACAGUAGUUAUUUUAUGGCAGGUUAUGACACCUACAUAAGUGUCAAAAUGCACAAAACCUACCGAACAAUGCAAAACAUUCCAUUACGCCAUAACCUACUUUUCAACAGUAUGUCAUCGUUUUUAUUGACCAUAAUAAAUGAUCAUUGUAAUUGCGUACACAUUGACGUCAGACAUGCACCUACCCCACGCUCUGUUGCUGAUGACUGGGAUGAAUGCAGGAGCAGGACGGAUAUAAGGGCAUGUACGUCAUCGGCCUAUCUGGCUUAUAUGAUUAUGAUGGUCAUAAUGCAUCUUGGCAAUGUCAUAAAGUGUAUUUUCUACAAGUUAUCUCAACUAUGAGGUUUGGAAAAAAACAUGACUGUAAAUAAUUCAUAACAACAACAAAGGGUUUGAAAAACAAACUUUGAACCGAAAGGAAGCUUCUUGGCAGGGAAAAAAACUCAUUUGAAUAAAUGUGGGUUUUGACACUUAUGUAGGCGUUAUAACCAGCCAUAAAAUAACGCAAUAUAUGUCACAGCAGGUGUAAAUACAGUAUAUUAGUCAGGAGUGUUAUGAACAUAUUUCAGGUUAUACACGUUAUGUUAGCUGUUAUGACAUGGUUAUGUGUAAAGUGUUACCAAAUAAUAAUAUAACAUAUAAACCAAUUAACAGUGGGGUUUGUAGUCUUAUUAUUCUUUGUAAAAAAAAAAAAGUUUUUAAGUAACUUAUUUGAAAUAUACUUGCUCAUUGUAUAUUGAGUGAUGUUCUACUGUAGUGUACAUUAUUGAGCAUACCCCGCUGCAUAUUGUUACAUACACCAAAUGUUCUUUACACACCUUUUAUUGUGUUGUGUAACCUAACUGACUGCUAAAUAAAGUGUGAAGACACAGAUCCUGAAGAUG